GGCAUUGUCAUCCUGCCUGUGGGUGUAGGAAUUUCCCCCAGAUUUAUCAGAUUGGUCUGGGGCAAAACCAAUGUAUCAAGUUGAACGGCUGUACCUUCAAGCACCAGGGCUUGACCCGCAAGCAAGAUGUCGUCCUACCACAAUUCUUCUGAAACCCAGUCUGGGAAAUACUUUUAGCACUUCCACCCCUAAACUGAGGUGCGAUACAACUGUAGCGGAUAACUUGGAGUCGAUUUUACUUGACAAGGUAACUCCAGCGACAGUGAAGUUGUAUGGCCUUUUCCAAAGGCUCGACCACCCUCCCCAGAGGAGCAGAACAUCAGCUCGGAGCGGCGGGACAGCCGCCCUGGCAGGGGGGACACGGCGCCUCAGGGGGCGGCUGUGGGUCCGCGGGGCGGGCAGAGGGACGGGGCCAGCAAUCCCGAGGAUCCCGGCCCCGCUUGGGCGCUGAGGGAGCGCGGCGGGGCAGGGCCGGUGCCCGGGCGCUGAGGGGAGCCCGCGCUGUGGGAGCCCGGGGUGGCCGCGGGGUCAGGUGGCGCCGCCCCUUCCCGGUGACGGCAGAAGCGGAGCCCCGGGAGGCGCCGCGGGCCAGCGGGACAGCAGCGGGACGGCAGCGCCGGCACUGCCCCGCCGCCGCACGGAGCCCCCGCCGCCGCGCAGGUGAGGGCGGCCCGGGGCAGCAGCAGCAGCAGCAGCAGCAGCAGGAUACUGAAGACUAUAAAAGUUUGAUUAAAAAGAAAAAAAAUGCUCAGAAAGAAUAUAGACUAUGGAGUGCUGCCUGAGUAUGAGAAAAGCCAGAUCAAAAGGACCUUGGAAUUGGGAACUGUUAUGACAAUAUUCAGUCUUAAGAAGAGCAGCCCUGAAAGAAGGACUAUCCAAGUCAUAAUGGAAACCAGGCAGGUAGCAUGGAGCAAGACAGCUGACAAGAUUGAAGGUUUCUUGGAUCUGAUGGAAAUAAAAGAAAUUCGCCCAGGAAAGAAUUCCAAGGACUUUGAACGUUGCAAAGCUAGGCACAGAGAAGAACACUGCUUUACUGUUUUUUAUGGCACCCAGUUUGUCCUCAACACCUUAAGUUUAGCAGCUGACUCUAAAGAUGAUACUGAUAAAUGGUUGUGUGGCUUGAAUAUCUUGUAUCAAGAAGUCAUGAGUGCUCCCACACCUGCAAUCACAGAGAGCUGGCUGAGAAAGCAGAUCUAUUCUGUUGAUCAAACUAGAAAAAAUAGUAUCAGUCUUAGAGAGCUGAAAACUGUCCUUCCCCAAGUAAACUUCAAAGUGAGCAGCAUGAAGUACUUGAAGGAUAAAUUUGCGGAAAUAGGUGCUCACAAGGAAGAGCUUACUUUUGAACAAUUUCAUUUGUUCUACAAGAAAAUCAUGUUUGAACAACAGAAAUCGAUUCUUGAUGAAUUCAAAAAGGAUUCCUCUGUUUUCAUUCUUGGAAAUACUGACCGUCCAGAUGCUUCAGCAGUUCACCUCCAUGACUUCCAGAGAUUCCUGCUACAUGAGCAGCAGGAAUCUUGGGCACAGGAUCUCAGUAAAGUCCGAGAACGAAUGACAAAGUUUAUUGACGACACUAUGAGAGAAACUGCUGAGCCUUUCCUCUUUGUUGAUGAGUUCCUCGCUUACCUAUUUGCAAAAGAAAACAGUAUUUGGGAUGAGAAAUAUGAUUCAAUAGAUGUGCAGGACAUGAAUAAUCCUUUGUCCCACUACUGGAUUUCUUCCUCUCAUAACACAUACCUGACAGGAGACCAGCUUCGCAGUGAAUCCUCCACAGAGGCUUACAUCAGGUGCCUCAGGAUGGGAUGUCGAUGUAUUGAGUUGGAUUGCUGGGAUGGUCCUGAUGGGAAACCCAUCAUUUACCAUGGAUGGACACGGACAACAAAGAUCAAGUUCGAUGACGUAGUGCAGGCAAUCAAAGACCAUGCCUUUGUUACAUCUGUAUACCCAGUCAUUCUGUCAAUUGAAGAGCACUGCAGUGUGGAGCAGCAGCGACACAUGGCCAAGGUGUUCAAGGAGGUGUUUGGGGAUCAGCUUUUGAUGAAACCUGUUGAAGCCAGUGCAGAUCAGCUCCCAUCACCAACCCAGCUGAAAGAAAAAAUCAUCAUCAAGCACAAAAAACUGGGGCCAAAGGGAGACAUUGAUGUGAACUUGGAAGAAAAGAAAGAAGAAAAGAAGCAACAAGGAGAACUUUACAUGUGGGACACAAUAGAACAGAAAUGGACUCGGCACUACUGCGCUAUUGCUGAUGAAAAGCUUUCAUUCAGUGAUGAUAUAGAACAGAGUGCUGAUGAAGAUUCAUCAAAGGAGGUGAAACGAACUGAACUGCACUUAAAAGAGAAAUGGUUCCAUGGGAAAAUGAAAGGAGGGAGAACAACUGCUGAGAAACUGCUUCAGGAAUAUUGUGCUGAAAUGGGUGGCAAGGAUGGGACAUUCCUGGUGAGGGAAAGUGAAGCUUUCCCUGAUGAUUACACCUUGUCAUUCUGGAGGUCAGGCAGAGUCCAGCACUGCCGGAUCCGUUCCACCAGCGAUGGGGACACUGUGAAAUAUUACCUGACAGACAACCUCACCUUUGACAGCAUCUAUGAUCUCAUCCAACACUACAAGGAGGCCCACCUGCGAUGUGCUGAGUUCGAGCUGCGCCUCACCGACGCUGUGCCCAACCCCUGCCCGCACGAGAAUAAAGAUUGGUACUAUAACAACUUGAGCCGGGGUGAGGCAGAAGACAUGCUCAUGCGAAUUCCUCGGGAUGGAGCCUUUCUCAUUAGAAGGAGAGAUGAACCUGAUUCCUUUGCCAUGACUUUCAGGGCGGAGGGGAAGGUGAAGCACUUCCGAAUCCAGCAGGAGGGGCGGCACUUCGUGCUGGGAACCUCGGCCUACUUUGAGAGCCUGGUGGAGCUGGUGACCUACUACGAGAAGCACCCGCUGUACAGGAAGAUGAAACUGCGCUACCCCGUGACAGAGGAGCUGCUGGAGCGCUACAGCACGGAAAAAGAUAUUAAUUCCCUCUAUGAUGUCAAGAUGUAUGUGGAGCCCAGUGAAAUCACCCCCACAGUGCCUCAGAGAACAGUGAAAGCCUUGUAUGACUACAGAGCCAAAAGGAGUGAUGAAUUGAGCUUCUCUCGAGGAGCUUUAAUUCAUAAUGUCACAAAGGAAACUGGAGGCUGGUGGAAGGGGGAUUAUGGAGAAAAAGUCCAACAUUAUUUUCCAUCUAAUUAUGUUGAAGAUCUGUCAUCUGAUAACUCUGCUGAGCUUGAAAAUCAGAUCAUUGAGGACAACCCGCUGGGCUCUCUGUGUCGUGGCAUCCUGGUGCUCAAUACCUACAACGUUGUGAAAAUGCCACAAGGAAAACACAAAAAGCCUUUUGUCUUCAUUCUGGAACCUAAGAACCCAGAAGAUCCAUGUGUUGAGUUUGCAACUGAUAAAGUAGAAGAACUCUUUGAAUGGUUCCAAAGUAUCCGUGAGAUCACUUGGAAAACAGCAGAAGAGGAGAACAGGAGGAAAUACUGGGAAAAGAAUCAGUUAAUUGCUAUUGAAUUAUCCGAUCUAGUAAUCUACUGCAAGCCAACAAGCAAAACCAAGGACAAUUUAGACAAUCCUGAUUUCAGAGAAAUCCGUUCUUUUGUGGAAACCAAGGCAGAGAGCAUAGUUAAGCAGAAGCCACUGGAGUUGUUGAAGUACAACCUGAAGGGCCUGACCCGUGUCUAUCCCAAAGGACAGAGGGUUGACUCAUCCAACUAUGACCCAUUUCGCCUCUGGCUUUGUGGUUCCCAGAUGGUGGCUCUGAACUUCCAAACUCCAGAUAAAUACAUGCAAUUGAACCAUGCCUUGUUUUCCCUGAAUGGACGCACUGGCUACGUGCUGCAGCCAGAGAGCAUGAGAAAUGAGGAGUAUGACCCAAUGCCAAAUGACUCCAAGAGGAAAUUGCAGAUGAUUAUGACAGUGAGGGUUUUAGGUGCUCGUCAUCUCCCUAAACUUGGGAGAAGCAUCGCCUGUCCCUUUGUAGAGGUUGAAAUUUGUGGGACUGAAUAUGACAACAACAAAUUCAAGACAACAGUUGUGAAUGACAAUGGCCUUAAUCCAAUUUGGGCACCUUAUGCAGAGCAAGUGAAAUUUGAAAUUUACGACCCAAAUCUGGCGUUCCUGCGCUUUGUUGUUUAUGAGGAGGAUAUGUUCAGUGAUCCCAACUUCUUAGCACAUGCCACUUUUCCCAUCAAAGGAAUCAAAUCAGGUUUUAGGUCAGUUCCUCUCAAGAAUGGCUACAGUGAAGAUAUAGAGCUGGCCUCACUUCUGGUGCACUGUGAGAUGCAGCAAGUUCUGGAAAGUGAGGAAGAGCUUUAUUCCUCGUGUCGGCAACUUCGGAAGCGCCAGGAGGAGCUGAACACCCAGCUGUUCCUCUAUGACAGCCACACCAACCUCAGGAAUCCCAACAGGGAUGCUAUCCUGAAAGAAUUCAACGUCAAUGAGCACAAACUGCAGAUUUAUCAAGAGACUUGCAACCGCAGAUUAAGGGAGAAGAAAGUCAGUAACAGCAAAUUCUACUCGUAGAGCCCAUCAUUCUUUGAUGUUGCUUUAUGGUGCAAUUCAGGAAGAGAUGAAUUUAUCCUGGUCAUCCUACUCAGUGACAGUCUCAUCACGUGGAAUGACUGGAAGAAGAGAAGGAAGAGGAAAUAUGGAUUUCCUUUAUAACUUCUUAUUCUAAGAAAAACUGUUUUACCACCUAAUAAUUUAUAUUCUGUACAAAGCAUACCCUCUGUGUAGGCCAGAACUUCUGUGUAUUCAAGAUUUUUAAAACUUGAGGAUGUGUAGUUGGAUGGACCUCACUUCUCAUUAUCAAUACCUGAAGUACAAAUCAUCUCCUGUAUGUGGUUAAACAGGCUGUAGGUAAGACAGUCACACAAUUUGCAUGCAUGGAAUCACAGCACUUCAACAACCUGGCUCCUCAAGAUUAACUAGUAGUGAGCUUUUAAUUUAUUAAAUGCUGUAAAAGCACUUCUACACCAGCAUUGUCAUGUUAUGUAUGUUCCAGUCCUCGAGAUAGCAGAUUGUGCUGCUGAUACUGUAUAAAAUAUUUUGGGCAGCUAUUGUCUCUUAUUAAACAUUUUCUGUUACAUUUUCAAGAACAAGAUAUGUUAAUUUUGUUGAAAGCAAAUACCCUCUGGGUCUGUAGUUGUGUUUUUCCUGUUGAACUCUCUUUAAAGGUUUAAGAAAGGAGCAAUGUGUGAACCUCUAUUCAUAGCCCCUGUGAACUUCUGUUCACAGCCUCGAGGCACUGGAAGGAAAAGAUAGGCAGUAGGAGAUAUCUGUUUGUUUGCAGAAAGGGAAGGUAUUUAAAAUUCUGAGAAUCACUUACUUUUGUACAGUAUCAUUUCUGCAAAUCCUUUCAGCUGCUAAUGUGCUUAGAAAUGAAUUUUUAAAUGAACUGUCAAUUUUUAAUCUUGCAAUCCUACUUAGACGAUAGUCAAAUGAUAGUGUUCUGUAAAUGUAGACUGUUUUCCCAAAAUGUAACUAAUCCAGGAAUGAUAGUGUGCACAAAUAUAAAGGUACAUCCCUCCGGUACCUUUAAUCAAAUCAAGAACAUGAGGCUGCAGAUAAGCAUAUCUGUUAGAUUAGCAAGUGUAUAUAAUUUGUGUGUGUGUUGGUCCUUUGUGCUAGUGCUGUAUUGUUCCCAUCAAAUUCCUGGUUGUCUUACCUCUGUGUGGGAUGAGUUUUGCUAUCUAUAUUCCCAACUUUAAUGUUCAAAUGUGUGCAGAGGAAUUUAGUUUUCGAAGUGACUGCCUGAGGCACAAAAUGCUGCUUCCACAGAGUUGUACUUCUGAUCACAGAGGACUUGCACGGAUUUGGGAUUCAUGGCCUGAUGCAGCUGCCUCAGCAUUUUCAAUUUCUCUUGCUCCCCAUGCUGUGACUUCUGUUGUUUCAAGAGGCACUUAAUUGAUGCCAUUGUGCAUUCACAGAUGAUGGUUUGAGGAACCCCCUUGAGGUUUUAGCUAUUCUGUAAAGACAGUAUUGUCUCAGAGAUGAAAGUGUAAUAAUAGUGUAUCCCACAAUGGGGUGGCAUUUGUAAAUUUUUUAUUAUAAAGAAAUUAAUUACUAAUCACCCAACUGAAAACCAGAGAAAAGUUAGAGACAAUUCUCUGCUUUUCAUCCUCCUCCCUGAAAUCUCUUCAGUACCCAGCUGUGAUUGACCUGUUCAAGGAUUAGAUGGGUGUAAACUCUGCUCAUACAAAGAAAAAAAGAAUCAUAUCAACCGUGGAUUUGGGAGGUGGAGCUGUAACCAAGACUGCUGUAUAGAGCUGGUGUUGUCUUCAUUAUCCAGGUCUGGAUUGUUCUGCGUGUCAGAAUUCUUUUCAAGGUCAGUUCCAGAGCAGACCCAGCCAAACUGUCUGUUUGUCCUGGCUUCCUCCUUUGCUGUGUGUAUUCCUGACACAGCACAGCCACUGUGUGAUGGACACAGGAGUGAGUCCCUUGUGCUGCUCUUGUGCAAAUAUUUAACAAUUAGCUCAUUUUGUAGCCCUUUGAAAAGUCCUGUGCACAUUCUCCACUCACACGUAAUGUCAGGAGUUGUAAGAGGCACUCCAUCAGUAUUUAUACAAAUACAUUUUGUUUUACAGGAAGACUUUUCCCCAGACUUACACUGUUACACUGUGCAGAAUGAAAAUACUGCAGUGACUCUCCUGCUGACUUGCAAGUGGUGGGCAAGGCUAUGUUCUAACUCUUCUCUUGGUUCUUGCAUUCUGUGUUUUAUCUCCAAGAUCUCACCUCUCAGUUCUUCCUCGGGGCAGACUCUGUAGCAAUUUUAUCAUAGUUGCAACUCUUUGAGUAUUGAGAGUUUGAAUGUAUGUGCUAAUUUUUUUAAUCCAGGAGGGAAAACAUUUAUAAAUUUUUGAGGUUAACAAUUGUUAAAUUGUUAUAUUCUUAUUGAAAGUGUUUUAAAUCAUUGCAAUAACUUAUUUUAAUAAAUAAUUUUUGAUAUCUCA